GGUGGCAAAGGCCGCCAAAGGACCACGAUGCGCUCUCGGCGCUUUCUUCAUCCCCUCGGUCAGCGACGGCCCGCGAUGGCGCCUCCGGAGCCGGGCCUGUUGUGUCGGCUGCGAGGCCGGCUUGCGCGCCUUGCGCCCUGGCUGUGCCACGGCUUCUCCUGCCCCGGGGCGCCGGCGCUUAAGCGGCGUCUGCUGGCGGCCGGGCUGUGCUGUUGCACCGUGCUGGUCUUGUACGCCGCCAGCAGCCUGCGGGAUCCGCCGCCCGUGUGGGGCCGCGGCAGCGACGGGGGCGACGAGCGACGGACAGCGACGACCGUCCUCAUGUGGUGGGUGCCCUUCGGGCGCAAACAGCCCUUGGACGCCUGCGAGCGCCGCUUCGGCAUCCGCGAUUGCAACCUCAUCACCGACCGGGGGCGCCAGCUGGAGGCGCAGGCUGUCGUCUUCCACAACUGGGAGCUCAUGAGCAGUGGCCCCAAGAACCUGCCCCGGGUUAGGCCCCCUGGGCAGCGCUGGGUGUGGAUGAACUUGGAGUCACCCACGCAUACCCGAGGCCUCCGGGACCUGGCGGGCAUCUUCAACUGGACCAUGUCCUACAAGGUGGACUCGGACAUCUUCGUGCCCUACGGGUAUCUCCGCCCCAGCCAGACACCCGCCCCGCACCUCUCCAUGCCCAGGAAGACCAAGCUGGUGGCCUGGGUCAUCAGCAACUGGAAGGAAGAGCAGGCCCGGGUACGCUAUUACCGCCAGCUGAAGGACCACCUCCCCAUCGACAUCUACGGUGCCCACGGCCUAAAGCUGAAGAACAACAGUGUGGUCAAGACGGUCUCUGAGUACAAGUUCUACUUGGCCUUCGAGAACUCCCAGCAUCCAGACUACAUCACUGAGAAGCUCUGGAGGAACGCCUUCACAUCCUGGGCAGUGCCCGUCGUGCUUGGCCCCGCGAGGUCCAACUAUGAGCGUUUCAUUCCCCCCGAUUCUUUCAUCCAUAUCGACGACUUUGCCAGUCCCAGGCAGCUGGCCCUUUACCUGAAAUUCCUAGAUAAAAACAAGAGCCAGUACCGGAGGUAUUUUGCCUGGAGGAAGCAGUACGACGUGCAGACGAUGUUCUUCUGGGUGGAACACGGCUGCAGGGUUUGCGACGCAGUCAGGGCUGCGGGCAAGCAACCCAAGACCAUCCAGAAUCUAGCCAACUGGUUUGAGAGUUGACCCCGUGUGGGGUUAGCUGGGGUUUCUUCUUGGUGUAAUUAAGGGGAGUAUGUGACGGGUUAAGGGUCUGGGGUGGCAGGUUCUUGUAUAGAUGUCUACACCAAAAAAAGGGAAAUCCUUGGAGUUUUGUCUAAAGGCAAAUUUGCAAGUUUGGGUUGCUUGCCUCAUGGAGAGUCGGAAAGGAUGUUGGGUCUAGAUAGGAGAACAGCAUUUUAAUGAUUCUGUAUGCAAUUCCCCCAGCACUUUGAAAGCUAGCACUUUAGUUCUUGCUGAUGUAUUACUGUAUCAUUGUUUAAUUAUAGUUACCCAUAAAUGCAAUUCCUCUAUCUAGACACACACACCUGAAUUGCAAAACUAAUAGCCCCAGGACUCUGCCAAAUAAUUUUGCCAAACAUGUAGCUCAACAGUGAUUUUGCAGGGUGUUUUUGAGGUGGUGACUUCUCACAAGUGGACUUGUGGCAUGAUGAUGCCUGAUUUUGAGCAUGGCCAGCCAGUUUGGGAUGGUGACUUGCCAGCUCCAGGCUCUGCCCAUAUUUUUAAGCUUUUCCAUUUCACCGUGCCCCACGAUGGUCGAUCGCUGAUUGAUGGUUCCACGAGCCUAACCAUCGUGACUAAAUUCCCCGGUAAUGUCAGAAUGUAAUCUCACCAUGUAUGCACCGCAGGUAAAUGAUUGCAUAACAGAAGACCAGUGAUACUAUCUUACCUAUUACCAAAUGGUAAUUGCAGAUUCAGGACAUUGAAAUAUGUGAACUUACCUUGACAUGGGUUUUCAAAGAUGGUCUUAUAAGUGCAGCUAAAUUAAAUCGCAUCAUUGGGCGCUGAUAGGCCCAGUGCUGCUUCAGAACCAAUGUUCACCUAAAUCCAUCCCAUCAUGGUCUUCCGUAGCUGAAUCCAUAGACUCUGCACAGACCAAGCACACGGUGCUGAGGACUUAAAUAUUUGUUUCUGUAACCAUCCUUUCCCGCCAUGAUAGCUCUUUUGGAUUGAUGGCCUCCACUGUACUUAAGGCUUACCUCAACCUGGAAUGGGGAGCCUACAGCCCCCUGCAAUGCAGGAACAUGCAGCUGUCCUAUAUGGGGAUCGAACCUGCAACUUUGGUGUUAUCAGCACCACAGUCUAACCAACAGCUAUCCAGGCUCAAUAGCAUUUGUUUUCAUCUUGUGUUGCUGGGAAUUCAGAUUCCUUUGAAGCUUGUGAGAGAUUCCUUGGAGAGAAAUUCAACAACAGUGGGCAAGUUUAUGGGGUGGGGACUAGCUUAUCCACUACUACCGAUCUUCUAUAAUAUGCUGGCGUGGUAUGUGUGUGUUCAGGCACACUCUUAUGGUGAAGACAGACAUCAUAAUACAGAAAUCUCACUUGGCUUUUCAACUUUCCGAUACCUGUGAAUCAAACACUGGCUGAGCCAUCAGCCUUCCCCAGCCCCCCAUUCCCAAGUUUUUGGAGGGCUAUGUUUUGAAUUUAAAAAUAUUAAGUGCCAAAUUCAUGUUUCUAUGUUCAUCCAUUAUAUAUAUAUAUAUAUAUAUUAAUGCUCUGAAAUGGAAGAAGUGUAUUGCACCACAGCAUGCCUUCUUCUGCAAAUUUGUGGAGCUGUUUCUUCCUACCGCAAAGACCUUGAGAGCGCAAGGUACAUGGCGUACUGAAAGGAAGGGUGCUUUCAAAGUAGAUCUGCUGGUUUACAAGUCAAGUAUCUUGUCUGUCUCCAUAUUUAGUUCGUUGGCGGAGCCCAGCCGUGCCCUGCAGGUAUGGAGAGAGGAGCGCAUAGCUCAGUGACUGAACACAUGCAGAACAUCUCAGGUUCAAUCCAUGAUAUAUCUCCAGUUUUAGAAAGGAGCAGGAAGGCAGUGAUUGACAGUAUAUAUUGACAAUAUAUGUUGACAAUAUAUGUUGACAAUAAUACUGAUUGACAGUAUAUGUUGACAAUAAUGAAUUACCGGUAGAUUAACCAGCUAUCUGACUUGGUAGCUUUGUUUGUGUUUUCAUGGAUUCGUGUCUGAGCUGCUGUGAUUAUUACACACACAGACAAAUCUGUGUUGGCAACUUUUUUCCUAGGUGUUAAAACUUGAAUCACACUCCUAAAGAUGGUUUUAAUAGCAAUAAGCCUUUCUCUGUGAACCCUCAGAGAAAUCCCAGCAGGCAAGAAUUGCACAGACACACGCACAAGCACACAAAAAGGUGUGGGUGUCAGGACAAACAAACAGCCAGCCCUUUAGAGUAUAAAGUAUUUCUUUCACUAAAAAUAACUAGUUGUGCCCAGAGAGAAAAAUGAAGAGAGCCAAAACAGGAAGAAACAAUUUAAAAUGUCUUCGGCGCCUGAGUUGGGAGUUUUGUGUUUGUUUACAGGCAUUUGUGUAAUUUUCCCCAUGUUCUCAUAAGAGGGGAAAAUUUGACUUGAUCUGUGACUUCAUCAGAACUUUUUAUAUUUUUAUUUUAGUAUCAUGAGCCUGUAUUGUGCAAUGAUUAAUCUGCAAAACUCAAAAUACCCUGAUUGACAGGUGCUAUGCAAGUCAGGGAAGUUCCCAAUUUAUAUUCAUGAUGAACUUUGCCUAUCUGCAAAUGGAGAAUGUGGAUUUUUAGGGGAAUUGUUCUGUGGGGCUGAGAAGAGAAAAAAGUAUGAAUGUAUAUUUGUUUUUAAAGGCAGGGAGCCAGAGGCCGAGUGAAGAAUUGCCACCUCUUGACCAACAGACUCCCCAUAAUAACAAAAUACUUCUUUUCUGCCAGUUUUAGCAGAAACUGAAGAUGUGUGUUUACUUUUCCCUUCUCAAUAAGCUUGAUAGCUAGUAAUUGUAAAUGUGACCAGACUCAGAAGCAUGGGCUUUUUCUCUGGUUGCUGGAUUCUACUUUAGACUCCUGUCUAAAAUAUAAAUAUAGUCUGGCCCCCCACAAGGUGUGAGGGACAGUGGACCGGCCCCCUGCUGAAAAAGUUUGCUGACCCCUGUCCUUAUCAGAAGAUUAACAGUUUUGAAUGAUCUUUUUUGUGGUUUGUACAGAAGGGACGUGGGUGGCGCUGUGGUCUAAACCACAGAGCCUAGGGCUUGCCGAUCAGAAGGUCAGCGGUUCGAAUCCCCACGAUGGGGUGAGCUCCCGUUGCUCGGUCCCUGCUCCUGCCUACCUAGCAGUUCGAAAGCACGUCAAAGUGCAAGUAGAUAAAUAGGUACCGCUCUGGCGGGAAGGUAAACUGUGUUUCCGUGCGCUGCUCUGGUUCGCCAGAAGCGGCUUAGUCAUGCUGGCCACAUGACCCGGAAGCUGUACGCUGGCUCCCUCGGCCAAUAAAGCGAGAUGAGCGCCGCAACUCCAGAGUCGGUCACAACUGGACCUAAUGGUCAGGGGUCCCUUUACCUUUACUGAAGGAAAUGAAAACGAUAUUGCUACCUAUUAGACUUGGGCAAUGUUUUAAUAAUAGCAGACCGAAGACAUAAUUUAUUUAGAGAGAAAAUAAAGUGUUGCUUCACCACCUUGUACAAAGUCCAACCUCAAUCCAUCACUUGGAAGUUGCUUGGUUCCAAUAGGAAAAGCUUAAAUCUCUUUCCACUGAAAUCAAUGGGAUUUAAAAAGACCUACCGGUAUAAUUUUCUCCAGAAAUGCAAUCAGGUCAUGAGGGAGUGAGGGAGUACCUUUUGCAUCACCUGUAGGAAUUUCACCAGCUACAGACCAAUUUUCUAAGUGGUUAAAGAGAGGCAAAAUCCCAGUGGCUAAGCAUUUAGUGCAGUCUGUUAAGAUUCCCCCGCCCUGGCACAUUGAAUUAAGGAUAAAUAAGCCAGAGCUAAAACAAAGUGUUGCAAUGUGACGUGUUGUCGUUGACUCUGCCAGCCAUUCACCUAUAAAGAAGGUGCUAUUUAGUCAUGCUUAUGUUAUCUGCCAUCAGGAAGUUGGAUGGUGAUGUACACUCAGUGCAUCAUCCUAGCAUUCAUGUUGAAAAGUGCAUUCUAAUGUACAUUGGCACCUGAAGGAAGUCUGCUUAUGUGCACAGAUUCCCUUUGCUGAAUCAGUAUAUAUUCCAUGCAACAUCAGGAGAUGCAAUUAUAAGUGGUUAUAAUUAGGUGCAUAGAGUUCUGCUGUACGGCGUCCUUCUGUAAAACCUUAUUUCUUUCUGUUCUGACUUGCUUGCAAAAUGACCUGCUCGGAAGACCUCUUGUUUAUUUCUGACGUGUAUGUCUUAAAGUAGUAUGGGAGUGGUUCUUUUAAAAAAAAUAUUUAAAAAAUCAAGUGAGGCGUCUCAGUUAUCUGGACCAACUGAGAGACAAAUUUAUAUGGUCCUGUAUUUUUUUUUUAAAAAAAUGCAUUUCUGAUGCAUGUAACUCAGGUAAUUUUAUAUUUGCUGUCAUUCUGAUCCCAAUUUGAAAACAGAUUAUUUUUAUAUUUGCAGACCUAUUUCUGAUAAGGUGACAAUAAAAUAAGUUAAACGAAGCAUAU